AUGAUUCCCUUGGAGAAGCGCAACAACGGUAACAAUAAGACAAAGCUUGCCAGCAAGGCGGUACUAGCACCAUCUCAGAAGCAGAUAGACGUGGCCGACCUGCUCCUCGAGCUUUUCGCAAACGAGACAGGUUUGGCGGUCGAGGUUGUUGACGAGAACACGGAACUAACCGAUAUAGACGUGUAUCCCGUCUCCGAGGCCCCCGAGCUAGUCAUCCAGAGCACUGGGCCGGCCAACCAAAGCACCGAAACCGAGGAUGCCCAGGCUGACGGUCCUAAUAUCGUCUCGGGCUACCUGGAUCACCUAGGCAACGAUGACUGGAUUGAGAGAGCUCCGCCAUCACCCAUGCCCCCCCUGGAUUGUUUCUCACAUGGAACAAAUGGCUGUGGCCGAAGGGUCCAACGCUGA